AUGGCAAUCGGCCUGGACGGCCUCAGCUUGUUGCUCAUCUACGUCAUCGACGUCGACCCUGAUAAAGUUGAGCAGUCCUCUUUUGGCAAGCACUUUGUCCCCGAUCAGGAUAAGGACCCGCACUAUCCGCCGAAAUGGAACCCCGAAGAAGCGCUGUACAUGCCGUGUCGAGAUCGCCUGUGCGUGUGCCCGUAUUUUAAAGGCCAAGUCAAAGAUGGGGAAUGCCAUCUGCCGUCGGGCCACAUCCUAAAGCGUGCCCUACGGAAGGAGAUACGCCAGCUGAGGGAUGAUGAGCGAAUGGAGUUUGAGGCGGCCGUGAAUCGCCUAAAACGCUCCGGCGAGUACAACCGGAUCAGCCGCGUACACAAGUAUUCCGGCGUACACUCGGGCCCUGGCUUCACUCUGUGGCAUCGGGAAUUUUUGAAAAGGUUCGAACUCGUGAUACGGCGCGAGAUGAAGCCGGAAUACGGUCACUAUCUGGGCAUCCCGUACUGGGACUCGUCGAUGGACUCGCUGAUACCGGACCAGAGACAUACCGCAAUGUUUACAGUCGAGCUACUUGGCGAGAUUGACGAUCAAAACCUCGUCCGCAACGGCCCGUAUGCAAAUUGGACGACCAUGGAGGGCCGAGAAGCCAUCGAACGCACGAUUAGCCACGAUAAUGAGGGCGAAUUCUUGAGUCGAGCUCGAGUCGAUUGGAUAAUUGAUAACCCAGACUUCCGGGCGGUAUUGGCGGCCACGAUGCCGAUCAGGACCUGCCCUACUUAUGCAGCACUGGACGAUCGAUUCCUGGAAUACUCCCACGACUAUGUCCACUUCUUUGUUGGGGGCGACAUGGGCCAUUCGCACUCUUCUUCGAAUGAUAUCGUGUUUUGUCUGCAUCAUUCGAUGAUUGAUAAUAUUUUUGAACUUUACAGGCAGAAGAGACAGAACGAAACUCAACGCGAAACGGUCUACCACGAGAACGAUGAGCGCUGCUUCCCCCCGUGGCACAACGGCGACAUGUUCAUGCCCUUUUUGCAGCCCUACACCAACAAGGACGCCCUCUCAAAUCUCUACACCCGCCACAUGUACGAAUUUGCACCGCGACCAACUUGUACAAAGGAAAAGAUGGAUUGUGGAUCCAAGUUCCUCUUCUGCCACGUCUUCGAGGGGGAGCCGCUCUGCGUCGCGAAGGUGAAACUCGGCGGUGACUGCUCGGGUUUCGAGGCCCCGGGAGUUCCGGUCUGCUACAAAGGACACUGCGUGCGGGGCGUCUGCCAGAAAAUGGACCCCCAAAAAGAGGCGGCCUUGAAGAAGAUCAAAGCAGCCAGCCGAAUGGCUAGAAUG